UCGAAUUUUCCUCUGCUGUGAAAUCGUAGGUUUGCGUGCAGAAAAUUUCGGGUUGAUGGUUUGUACGCCGUAUUUUCCAAUUCUUGCUUCAUCCGCUAAUCCAAAGAAUUCCUACAAUGUGGUGCGAAAAGAUGUCGGUAUGCUGUGAAUAACUCGACCUCAAUUGGGGUAGGGCAGUGCGAUGAAAAUCUAGCGGAAAUCGACACUGAUCGCGGGUGUGUGUAUAGGAAAUAGUUCAAAAAGUGGGUUUCCGGUUCCAGCCACGGUUUUAAUCCAAUUAUAUAAUCAGCUGUUGCUAGAAGUUUUCCAAAGAAAUAAGAUAAAACGAUUGCUUACAAAGAAACAUCGUUGUGUAAGAAGUAGUGCCAAGCUGCCAAAGCAAUAUGGGAUCAUCACGUCCAACGUUGGACUAUCUGCUCGAAAUGAGUGAACCAGAGUCACGUUCCGGUUCGCCGGCCGGUGGUCCCAGCGUCGAAGAACAGAGACACCAUCCGGAGAGAGAGGACGAGGAAGACGGUGGCGGCGGCGAUACACAAAAAGAGCAAAAGGACACCGAGGACGAGCAACAGUCAGGCUCGGUUUCGGUUUCAUCAACAACCGAGCCUAGCAAAAAGAAAAUUCUGGCAAAAGCCGUCUACGACAACAUUGCCGAGAGUACCGAUGAACUGGCCUUCCGCAAGGGCGACAUUCUUACCGUGAUCGAAACGGACACCAGUGAUCUCAAAGGAUGGUGGCUCUGUCAGCUGCGAGGACGACAGGGCAUCUGUCCCGGCAAUCGUUUGAAGAUCAUACAGCCCCACGAUUCGGGCUGUUUCUCCUUAUCACCGGCUUCGUCCCCGUGUCCUUCGAUCGGACCAGGAACGAACCUGAGCAGUCCGGUGCCGAGUGAUAUCUACGAAAACACAUCAACUACCUCGUCAGCAUCCUACAGUGUCAGUGGUGGAAGCUGCGGACCGAAGCAGCAGGGCAAACGCAGAUCCUGGCACAUUAAUCCAAACAAGGUCUUGACUCCACAGAAGUGCGGUGACGUGUAUCUGUAUGAUCUACUUCCGACUCCAACACGUGGCGGUAGUCCCUACCAGCACCACUCCGCGUCCACUGAUCCGCUAGAUACGUACGACGUUCCAAAGCCAGCAUUUCCCAUCAAUUACGAUACACCACGGGUGGUCACGAACACCGCCACACUAUCAUCAUCAGCAGCAGCAUCAUCAUCAUCACAAUCUGCCACAGAAUCGUACGAUGUUCCACGGCCGGUGAAUAAUUUGUUGUCCCAGCAAAACCUAACCCCCAGCAGCUCCAACUCAUCCCUGCUCACCUCGGACAGUCUCAGUCUGUCCUCUUCCAAUCGGUCGUCACUGGCAAACAUGCCCGAUUAUGACGUUCCCCGCAGAAACCCCGUGUCGAUACGGUCAACACCUCCACCACCGCAACAACAGCAGCAACCUCCAACACCACAUUCCCAAAGUAGUGGCAUCUUCAGCAGUAACCAUUCGAUGUCGAUGUCUUCGUUCUCCUCCUGCACCAGUACUUACGAUGUUCCUCAAACUCCUCUUCACCAGCAGCAACAGUCGCAACUGCUAAGCCCUCCGGCAGCACUUCCCUCCAAGGAACUUCCACUCGAACUGAUUUCGGCGCUGGAAACUCUUGCCAGACUGCAGAAUGAAGCUACGUCUGCCGUUUCCAGACUGCUCGGUUUUGUUUCUCCAAACUGGAGAACCAAAGAAAAGCUGGAUCCGAUAAUGAUGGAUCUUAAGUUAGCCGCUGUGCGGCUUCGAACUGCACUGCACGAUCUGGCCGAAUUCGGAGAUGGUGCAUUAGGAAAUGCCACCAAAGCGGAAGAUAAAGGUCUAGCUCAAAAAUUGCGACCACUCGUCAAAGCACUACGGGAUGCCGAUAAAUUGGUCCACGAAGCAUCACAAAAUCUGGACAACCAAGGCUGGACCUUGGUGACGCUACAGCGACCGGAGGCAACGCAGAAGCUCCAACAGCAGCUACCGCCGGACAGUUUGGAUCAGCUUAUUGCCUGUGCCCAAACACUGACGGAAGAUGUCCGACAAACGGCAUCCUUCAUCCAGGGCAACGGAACGCUACUGUUCAAACGUACGACGGCUUCGACGGCGACAACACCACAGACACCGACCGGACACAAGGGUCAAGUCACCGCGAAUGGUGCUGAUUGGCCCGAAGACUAUGACUACGUCAGUCUGGAAUCGAAAGAAGCGGCCGCCAAAACGAAUGCCGAAAUCCACGAUGCCCUGCCGCAGGAUCUGAAGAAAAAUUUCGAAAAUGUGGUUCGGAAUGCAGAUGCUGCCGCCGCUGUGUGCACUGAAAAAAACGAAGUUCUCGAUCCGAACGAUAAAUCAGUUCUGGUUUACUAUGCCUCACAGACCGUAACGCAUAUGGGCUACCUCACACAGGCGAUCGAUGCCUUCCUGCAAACGGUGGAGCACAAUCAACCUCCGAAAUUCUUCCUAGCCUACGGUAAGUUCGUCGUUCUGAGCGCACAUAAUCUGGUCAACAUUGGUGAUAUCGUUCACCGAAACGUCUCACGGGAGAACGUCAAAACACGAGUGCUCCAGUGUGCCGAUGCCCUCUCCGAAGCACUGAAGACCUGUGUCGCCAAAACAAAAAAGGCUGCCCAACACUUUCCCAGUGUUACGGCCGUGCAAGAAAUGGUCGAUUCGGUGGUUGAUAUUUCUCAUCUAGCAAGCGAUCUGAAGAUUGCGAUGCUCGAGGCGGUUCAACAAUAAAAUGCAGAUCAGAAAAUUCCAUGUGAUCUCAUAACUGCAUCAGAGUGGUUUGCGUCAAUUCUAGCUCUGCUGGCGAGAUCAGAGAGUGGUGCCAUUUUUGCUGGAUGUUCAGUAACCAAAAAAAAGCAUGUUUUUUUCCGUUCGACAGUGUCAUUUGCAUGCAUGCUUUACCGAUGAAGGCACAAAGAGGAAAAGAUUGUAUAUCGGAAGAGUCCUAUCAUAAAUGCGCGUGUGAAUUCAGUCAGUUAGAACUGACUUUCAACUGACUCGAAAAACCCAGCCUACAAACCCAAAGCAACCAGUUGUCCGCGAAACACAAAUGCACAAACCUGAAUCGAGUGGGCCAACUUUAUACAGAAAUGCCAAACUUAGUACUACAUAAGGAUCUGUUCCAGGUCUUUUGAAAACAGUUUCCGGUAAAAACUUAAUCUCAGUGUCAUUUUGAGUUAUCUGUUUGCCAACGAACAGCUAUCAAUGUUUGUUUUAUAUGAUCGCAACAUAAGGCAAACAAUGAACCCAAGAACCGAUCAUACUUACGAGUAGAGUUAUGUUCGUCGAACGAUAAGUACGGAAAAAAUCAAUCAUAGAUUUGACUUUUACACACCUUAUGAAUGUCUAUUUGAAAUGAAAUCGAAAAAAACUAAGAGUAAUCCCUGAUCGUCUCACUGUUUUCCGUAUAAUCCAAUACCAAUGAUCGCGAUUCUUAACUGUAAUCAAUAUUUGAUCAAUUCGUUAAAAUUACGUUUCUACUGUAUAUUUUCGAAAUUAUGCAAUUUUUCGUAAACUUAAGCACAGUAAAAUUUCAACAAUUACGUAUCUAGGAAACAAAGAAAAAGAAAAAAAAGCGCACACCAAAUUGCACGUAGGACAAAAUGUUUCUUCUAAAUUCGGAAAUAGAAUCCGAAAUAAAAAAUUUCCCCCCGCAAGACAAUUAGUUAUCAGAUUUUCUUGCUUAGUCAUACAAUGCAAUAACUUGAUAAAAAAAAAUGUAUUCCUCUUUUUGUGGGAAUACUUAUACUUUAAGCCGAUUAUCCGGGUAAAUACCCAAGUUUACCUUUUAGAAAGUUUAUUUUCAUACCAGUUUCCAACGUAGAGUCGCAAAAUGUUCCGUUAUCCCAGCUUUUACAUUCAACUGGUAAUCAAUUACCGGUACUAUUUCUUAACCUAAGUAGAUGUAUAGUCGUAUGAUUGUAUUUUGUAAUCAGUAACGGUUAAUCAUUCGAUUGUGGCAAAAAAAAAUUAAGAAAAAGAUCAUCAUCAUCAUCAUCAUAUACAACCACGCCACAUGCUAGGUUAACCUGUGUACUAAUAAUAAUGAUAGUAGUAAAAAUAAAAUAAAUUAUUCAAGAUA